AAAGGAACAACCUUAUUCUACGACAGUAAAACGAAUCCCAUAAAGCCUGGGUUACUAAACUACUGAUUAGGUAUAUUUGCGGAACUAUUGACAACAACGUCAAACGUAAUAGCGUUAAAAUUAUCUACUGGGAAACAGAAGUAGCUUGCUGGACCAAAAAGUUUAUUUCUCUCUCACCCCUUCCUUCCUACCUUCCUUCUUCUGGACCAAAACUACGCGGAGUUCUGGUGGAUCCACUGAAGUCACAGAGUCAAAGCACACGCGUUGCUAGUAUUUCACAUCCACAAAGUGAUCACAAUGAUCACUUGGAAAUGUGUCCCCUAUAUGUGACCUUAAUUAUAAACAAUUUACAUAAAAUAUAGCCUAGCAGUGCGCGCUCUCGGUGAAGCGCAGCAUCAGCACCAGUAACUGAUGCGCGUCCCCGCCCCGGCAGAGGCUACCCGAGAUCCCCGGAAGAGGAGUUGAAACUGCGCUAGUUAAAGUUGGGAAAAGGGGGGUGAAAGGAUGCUACCGUGCCCUGUGGAUAGGAGAACACAAUCUACGAUCUAAUUAACAUAGCAUGUGCGGAAACGCGUGUCCUCUGUAAAGGAUGAUUUGCAAAAUAUUGAGCAUAAUCCUUUUAUUUUGGGGUGUUCAAGAAUGCUCAUCACAUGAAUGUGUUGAUCCCUUGGUAUCUUCGCUCUAUGCCAACUCCUUCUUGGCCUCUUCCAGAUAUAACUUUUUGUACUCUGCCAACUUUGCCAAAUUGUAUGGGAGCAGUGGCUGGUCCCCGUCCCCCCGGGACAGACAGCCCUGGCUGCAGAUUGAUCUGAAGAGGAAGUACCGCAUCCAGGCCAUCGCCACCCAGGGCACCUUCAAUUCCUAUGACUGGGUCACAAAGUACACACUACUCUAUGGUGACCGCCCCGACUCCUGGACGCCCUACGUUAUGAAAGGAGGGAACUCGACGAUGCCUGGGAACUGGAACUACCACCAGGUGAAGAGGAAUGUGUUCCACUAUGCCUUCACAGCCAAACACAUCCGCCUCCUGCCCCUGGGGUGGAACACAGAGAAUGGAGGCAAGAUUGGUGUCAGGCUGGAGGUGUUUGGCUGUGCUUACGACUCCUACGUGAUGCAGAUGAACGGAGACGACUCGGUGGCCUUCAUGUUCCCAGGGAAGAGGUUCCGGACCCUGCAGGACCAUUUUGCCGUGAACUUUAAGACCCUGGAGCAGGACGGGCUGCUGCUACACAGUGAGGGAGUCCAGGGAGACAUCUUGACCCUGGAACUGAGGAAAGGACGCCUCGUCCUCACCAUCGGCCUAGGAAGCAGUACGGUCAACCAGGUGGACGGUCGGACCACAAUGACCGUUGGCAACAUACUAGAUGACCAGCACUGGCAUUACGUCACUAUCAAGCGCUACGGUCGACAGGUCAACUUCACAGUGGACGCCCACACUGAGACGACCAUUAGCAAAGGAGAUUUCACCUACAUAGACCUGGACACUCAGAUGUAUGUGGGCGGAGUGAUUGAGCCCAAUGUGCCCCACCUCCCAGAGGUUCCUAACUUCCGUGGCUGCCUGGAGAACGUCUUCAUCAACGGGAUCAACGUCAUCAACAUGGCCCAGGACCAGGAGCCUGAGAUACGCAUCCCUCGGCAGAAAAAGAUGCACUACGCGUGCCGUGACAUCCUGUGGAAGCCCAUGACCUUCGCCGGGCCCAACAACUACCUGCAGGUGCCUGGGUUCUUCAGGAAGCCUCGGAUGUUUGUGAAGUUUAAGUUCCGUUCCUGGGACUACACAGGCCUGCUGAUGUUUACACGCUUCGCUGAUGACCUGGGAGCCUUGGAGCUGGGCCUGAGUGAGGGACAGGUCAAUGUCACACUCUUUCAGCCAGGCAAGAAGAAACUACAGUUCGCAGCAGGUUACCGUUUGAAUGACGGUUUCUGGCACACGGUAGACGUAGCAGCCAGGGACAACCUACUGUCAAUCACCAUAGAUGAGGAGGAGGGCUCUCCGCUGAAAAUCACCAACCCCUUCACUGUCCGCACAGGGGACCGCUACUUCUUUGGAGGGUGUCCGAAGACUAACAACACGAUCAGGAAGUGUGAGACCAAGCUGAACCACUUCCACGGCUGCAUGCAGCAGAUCUUUAUCGACAACGAGCCGGUGGACAUCGACAUCAUCCUGCAGCGACGCUGGGGACGCUACGCUGAACUGUUGUUGGGCACCUGUGGUAUCACUGACAGAUGUACUCCAAACCCCUGUGAACACGAGGGCAGAUGCAUCCAGUCCUGGGAUGACUUCAUAUGUCUGUGCGAGAACACAGGCUACAAAGGGGAGGUGUGCCAUAUGUCGGUCUACAAAGAGUCGUGUGAGGCCUACAGACUUACUGGCAAAUCCUGGUCAGGGAAUUAUACCAUAGACCCGGACCUGAGCGGACCCUUGAAACCAUUCGAGGUGUACUGCACGAUGAAAUCCGACAAGGCAUGGACGAUAGUGAUGCAUGACCGUAUCGACGGUAUCAAGGUGACCGGUAGCACGGUGGACCGUCCUUACAUAGGAGAUGUCAACUACUGGAAUGCCUCCUGGGACGAUGUCACAGCACUGGCCAACACCUCCAUGUACUGUGAACAGUGGAUCGACUACUCCUGCUACAAGUCACGCAUCCUCAACACGCCCAAUGGGAGACCGUACAGUUUCUGGAUUGGUCGAAAUAACGAGAGUCACGAGUACUGGGGCGGGGCUUUCCCUGAGAGUGGGAAGUGUGGCUGUGCUAUCAACCAGACCUGCACUGAUGCCAGGUUUCACUGUAAUUGUGACGCUGACUACCGCCAAUGGUACUCAGACAAGGGCUAUCUGAUGUGGAAGGACCACCUCCCAGUGAGGAAGGUGGUGGUGGGGGACACCAACAGGACGGGGUCAAAGGCCCACAUCAGCCUCGGGCCCCUACGUUGCCACGGCGACAGGAGCAUCUGGAAUACCAUAUCGUUCACCAAGCCCACCUACAUCGAGUUCCCCACCUUCAGGCCAGGCAGCACCGUCGACAUCUCCUUCCACUUUAAAACCUACCGCCCCCAUGGAGUCUUCCUGGAGAACUCAGACGACUGGCUCCGUAACUUCAUACGCAUUGAGCUCAACACCACCCAGAACCUGGUCUUCAUAUUCAUGGUGGGAGACGGCAUCCUCAACGUGACGCUACGCUCGCCGGUGCCUCUAAACGACAACGAGUGGCACUUUGUCCAGGCAGAGCUCAACGUGAAGUUGGCCAGGAUCAAAGUGGACUAUCAGCCAUGGGCUGUGAGACGCUUCCCUGGCCAGACCUUUGUCACCAUGGAGUUCACCCACCCUCUCCUCGUGGGCGCAGCCAAUCGCACGCUGUGGCCAUUCCUGGGCUGCCUCCGAGGGUUACGAAUGAACGGUGCAACCCUUGACUUGGAAGGCAAAGCGAAUGAGGAACAGGGUAUACGGCGGAACUGUACGGGCCAGUGUCUGAACGCAACCAUACCGUGUCGAAACGCCGCCCAGUGUAUCGAGGGCUACGCCGCCUACACCUGUGACUGCGGCAACACUGCCUUCGACGGAUUCUACUGCCACAAAGACAUUGGGGCCUACUUUGAGAUAGGCUCGUGGUUGCGCUACAACAUCAGAAAGAAGCCUACGACCAAUGAGGAGUGGUGGGCUAACUGGCUGGACCCCCACUACCACAACUUCAGCCUGGGCUACAACGACACCAGUGAUGAGAUAGAGUUCAGCUUCAGUACCUUCCAGACCCCGGCUGUACUGCUCUACAUCAGCUCUUUCGUCCAGGACUACAUGGCUGUCAUCCUGAAGAAAGAUGGAACCUUAGACAUGAGGUAUAGGCUGGGGUUGAUUACCCACAAGUACCAGUUGUCCUUCAGGAACCUGGCAGAUGGAUACCCCCACUACGUCAACAUAACCAGACACAACAGGACCAUCAGGACACAGGUGGACUACAUGGAGCCGAUAGUGGAGAAGAUCACCCUAGUGGAGGACGGCAGGUUUGACUCACCCAAGAACAUCUUCCUGGGGAGAGUGAUGGAGGUGGGUGACAUUGACUAUGAGAUCCAGAGGCAUAACAGUCCUGGCCUGGUGGGCUGUAUAUCUGGGGUGAGGUACAACAUCUACGCACCUCUUAAGACCCUCUUCCGGCCGAACGAGACGGAACCGCCGGUCACCGUGCAGGGCUUCGUCUCCGAGUCUAACUGUGGGGCCUUCCCUCCUGUCCAUGGAUAUGUCCCCUGGGAGGCGGACCACUGGUUCACUUCUAUAGAAUACAUAUAUAUCCACGAUGACCUAGGCCUGUUUUGGUUGACAGUUGUCGUCGCCGCAGCCGUGAUAUUGCUGUUCAUAGGUCUGUACAGCAUCUACAUCUAUCUGUACCGGUACAAGGGCAGCUACCACACCAACGAGCCCAAGAACUUCCUGGAGUCCCCUGGAGGCAGCAGCUCCAGGCCCCUGACAGGGACCCUGGAGAAGAAGCGAUAUCCAGCGAUAGAGGAAGACUUUCGGAGUGACUAACCUCAGGCUGGGGAACGGCGGGAGGGAGGAGGGGGUGGGAGGGAUUGAACUGGGGAGGUUUUGGGGCUUACAACAACCACAAUACCUGUUUAUGUUUUAUAAUUCCUUUAACUUUUUGAUUUGCUUUUCGGUUUUGUUUUCCUUUCCCCAGGUAUGUGUUAUCUUAAGCCUGGUGCUCGACCUAGUGUUGUUUUUCUAAUGUGUUCAUAGUUUUGCAGGCUUCGGGGAUCAAAUCAAGCCCGGAUUGCGUGAGUGACGACCGACCAGGCUCACACUGUAUUGAAAGGCUGACCAACUGAAGUGCCUCGACAGAGCAAAACAAGAUCAGAAAUAACCCCAUGAGUUCAUUGAGGAUUUGAGACUUAAACUGAGGGAAUUAGAUUUCACACGCAGUAACACGUAUUCAGCAGCCUCUUCUGGUUUGCAGGUCUGUCAAUGAGAUCACUUGAUAGAUCAAUGCCAUCUCUACUGUGUAUCUCUUUCCGACCAUCCACUCUUGCAGCCGUUUCGAUAAAGCCAUCCAAACUAUCCCACUCGCCCCAUCCUUUGACUAGUGAGCUAGGAUCCACCACAGAGAGAUGCUGCAACGGUGCAGCAACAACAACAACACGCACAAUCUGGCAUCUGCAAACAGCCUGUCCUGCUUAACACCAAUUGAAGAAGCUAUAAAAAGCAUGGAGCUCUAAGCUUUGACAUGACAUAUCUAAAGAAUAAUGGAAGGCAUAUAAACAUAUAUUUGUUGUAUUGCAGCCUAUGAAAGUGCAUACCUAUACAAAAGAGGAACAUGUAUUAAUGGUUCGUUUCAUUAGAUAGCAGCUUGGCCAAUUACAGUAUGCUCUGCGAUUCCUAACCCGAUUCCCAACCAAUCAAUGAAGAGGAACAUGUAUUAAUGGUUCGUUUCAUUAGAUAGCAGCUUGGCCAAUUACAGUAUGCUCUGCGAUUCCUAACCCGAUUCCCAAACCAAUCAAUGAAGCAGUCAUGUACGAUCAACAAAACAUACUGAAUAGAUGUGACAUUUAACUCGGGAAUAUAAGACGAUCGCCAAUAUUCUUGUUCAGAAUCCUCAGAGUAACAUGUGAAAUGGCUGGGUAGCGCUAAGAAGCCGUGGUAGUUUGACGUUUCCCAGCGGUAGUGCUAUUCGUGUUGGUGUGAGACUGGCCGUUGGUGCACUGCAGAAAAGGGAAUGGAGAUGUUAAACCAGGGACAGGACAACCUAUUAUAUUGCUAGUAAUCCUCAUUCCACGCUUCGUUUUCUGUUUGACUUCCAGUAGAGAGUGAACAUGCGGCUGAAAUCGGGGUGCUAUUUCAGAAUCAGAGGCCCCGGCGUGUAGGGGCCCCUACCAACAGCAGCCCUGUCGACCAGCCUGGUCAGGACUCAUUACAAAUGUCUUUCAGGAAAAGAGCUGCUCCGCAUGAACAUCCGGACAUGCAAACACACACACACACACACACACACACACACACACACACACACACACACACACACACACACACACACAC